CAAAAUGGCGGACGAGCAGAAUGGUGUUCAGCGAUCGUUCAGUAAAAUCAAGCAGUGGAUCGGAUGGUCGUGGACUUAUUUAUGGGGAUUUUGGUUCCUUCUUGUCAUAUUCCUGCUUUACGUGCUUCGUACUCCCCUUCGUCUUAAAGAAAAUCUGAACUUAGGUGAGUCAUUGUUUAUCGUGAAUUUUAGAAAACAUUAAUAGUUCGCAUCUUUUCUGAUUUUUUUAUCCUUUAUCUUAGUCCAAAAAAUGACUGUUUUUGUCGUUUGUAAAAUUCCAAAAAAAUAGGACCUCCCUGUAGAGAUUCAAGAGUUUUCGCGUCUAAGCUUCGUUAAAUUUUAUUCAGAAAACGAAUCGAAAUGACAGAAGGGUGACCGGAUGACAUGACAUUGUGAGAUCAGCUGUUCGGGUUGAUCAGCAUUCAGUUCCACCGCUCGUCUGUUCCGCGUAUCAGAAUAAGAAUUCCGUCAUUUAUUAUUUUUUAUCUCAUUUCUAACUUGACGAAAAAAUGGUUUAUAUUUAAUUUUCUUACAUUCCCAACCCGUCGGUGAUGUCCAUUUGUUUGGGUGAUGAUCAAUUGAUCUUAUCUUCGUAAUUUAUGUCAAGCGUUGGUUCUGUUUGUGUCCAAGUGAACAUGUGAGAGUCGCUUUAGCAGGCUAAUUCAAAGAAGUUGUGGGGUUUUUUGUUUGUUUUUCAUGUAAGUUGAAGCUCAAAGCACUAGCUAAGGAAAAAGCUUGUUUAUUUUAGCAACAAUCCACUGUAUUAAAUUUGAUAUUCGUCUUCUGCUGAAUUGGAUUCCUUGUCACAAAUUUAUACUAACAAUAAUGACACUUAAUAUUUAUUUAUUUAUUUAUUUAUUUGUAGCCUUUGAAUACAGCCGCCUCUUGCGGAAAAGACAUCUGCAUUUUGACCUCAAAAAUUCCAUACUAAUGAAGUAAAUCAAUGUUUACAUUAUUAAUCUGGUACAUGUAGUCAUGGGUCCCCAGAUGCAAAUUUAUUUGGAGUUUCUGUUUCUCUUUGUCAAGUAUCAUAACAUUUUGAGAUCUACUAAGUAUUUUGCACUGGCAAAACCACAUCUAUUAUGCUUCUUUUAAAGUAAAAAUAUUACAAAUUAUUCCAUGGAAAUGAGUGUUUCUUGGUAAAUCCAGUACUUUGUACAUUUUGAUCUUUUUUACCUUUUUUCUUUUGUAUACCAUUUGUAAACAGUAGCUUAUAAAACUAUAAUAGUGCUUCGCAGUUACUAUUUAUAGACCUGAAACUCAGGCAAACAAACUGAAAUUAACAUAGGCGAAUUCCUCACUGACUUUUGUUAUUAAAAUGUCAUGUUUGCCUUUCUUUUGUCAUUAAAAUGAGAAAAAUGACAAACUAGGACAAAAAUUGCAAAUUAGACACUUUGACGUCAUUCGCGCGCUACGCUAUUGCGCAUAGACCAAUCCUAGAGCCUCUGACCAGUUUUGGAUAGAUGUGCAUCAUCAGCAUAAAAUGUUUUGGUCCAAAAUGUAGACAUCUCUCUCUCAAAAAGUGUCUCAAUGGUAGGAAAUGAUGAGAGGCAGCUGUAUUUACAGGAUAAUUUUUUUGUGAUGUUUCCAAAAUGUUGCACAAUAGCACUUUAUAGAAUAAUAUACUUGUAAAAGGUGACGCUAUAACCAAACUCAGUGCUGAAAGAAAAAAGACAAACAUUUUAUGGAACACUACAGGUAGACUAACCAGAAAUUAUUGUAUGCAAAAAAGGAUAGUGUAACAGGUGCAUGGAGUUAGGCUUUUGAUUUAUAGUCAAAUUUUACCUUUGUUUAUAACAAGAAAAUACAAGGUUAGUGACUUGUAAGAAAAAUCUUGCAGUUCAUCAGAAGUCAUGCAGGACUUUUAACGUCAUCACCGGUUUCCCGUGAUAUGGAAAAAAUGCUACACGAAGUUUAUUUAAAUGUGGUAAUUGGGCAUAGAGAUAAUGCAAAAUAAAGAUCACAGUCGUAGGGCUCAAAAUAACAGCCGGUCAAGAGACAGAGACCGGCCAAGAUGACCAUUUGUCCUGACAAACUUUCAGGUGGUUGGUCAACUUGACUGGUUGGGAAUAGCAACCCUUAAAAGUGGUUUUAAAAAAAGCAAAACAAAAAAAGAAAGAAAUUCUGUGCUUGUCGCAUUUCAUUAUCAUAAAAUUGUGUGAAGCAGUAAAUGUUAAAAGGCUUGAAAUAAUAGGUGAGCAAUUAAUGUUUUCUUUGAAAUGUUCCCCAUUUUGCAACGCAAAGAGUUUUUGUACAUACAAGGUGAUGUUUAUGUCUUUUAUUGGAUAUUACUAUACAAUAACUACCAGUAUUUUUUUAUAUUUUGACUGGUCACAAAUGAGCCAUGAGCUAAAAUUUGUUAUCAGAAAUGAGCCAUGACUGAGCUAAAAUCUGUUACGCCAUUCAACAUGACUGGCCACCGUCAAAAAAUUAUUUUGAGCCCUGGAGGCAAUACCAUUGGUCAUUUAACAACAAUAUUAAUGAAUGAGGGUGAGUAUCGGCGGAUAACACCCCCCGAGAUCUCUAUAAUUCUUCAUAUGAUACGACAGCCGAAUUCAAUAAUAACUGUUUUGUUAUUCAUUCAAAAUAAUUCCUAGUUUAAAAACAUGGCUAAAACAUGCUUACCUCCAUCGAUCCAUCGAUGUUAAGUUCAUCUUCGAUGGUGCAUGUUUAGGGUUGUUCAGCUCCGCAAAUAUUGUCCAAAUAGCAGAUGUUGCCCUUCAAGUUGUCUUCUUGCUGUUCUUGCCAUGUUUUCAGCUAUUAUUUUGCCUAGUUCUUGCUCUUGAAACGAGUGAAAUGUCCACCAUUUUUGUUUUCAUAACCAAAACAACUCAACCUUGUCCCUAGGUCUUCUUAGUUAACGGUGCAUUAACCUGCAAGAAAGCUGCACUUUUGUCGUCAUCGGUUCAUUAAAUGUAAAAUUUUUCCAAAUUUGGUCAUCAGUAGCUGGAUGCUUUUAGCCAAUCAGAAUCUGGGAAAUAUUUUGAACAAAUAAUAAAGACUGUUAGAAGCCAGGCUUGAGAGUAAAGUGUGAUCUCCUUUUUCAAGCUAUCACUUGGCUUUUGUACAUUAUGCUUUUGCUUCCCUACUAAAAUGCUCCACCUUAAUGCUCCAUUUUCCCACUAAAAUGCUUGGUCUCCCCAAAAAAGUCACUAAAAUGCUCGCAUAAUGCUCAUUAUACAAACGUUUUUUUUAAUUAAUUUCAAAGUUUACACUUACAAAAAUGUGCAAGUGUUGCAAGUAACAACGACAAUGUGUACAAGUUCAUAAAUACAGCCAAAAAAACCAGCUGAAUUUUAGUCUUCAUUUUGUUUAAAAAAGCAGGAGCUCAUGGGGCAUGGGCUCCUGAAAAAAGUUAAUAUUAAAAGUCAAAAUAUAACAAAACAAAGCUAAGAUACCUUCAACUGAACGUAUCCUUGUCUUUCCUGGCGGUUUAAGUGGCAUUUUGUUGAGUUUUGAAAUUGUAGGUACUAUCCACUAAAGAAGAAUUAAAGGCUGGCUACAAAACAAACAGACCAUCUCCACGCGCCUUCACACGAGCGCUAUAAAUUCGAGAAUAAUCGGCGAAUCCGCUCCAAAUAACCAUCGGCUAAUCUGCAGGUAACGUGUGCUCCUGCUUCUGGCUCGCUUGCUCCACAAAACCCAUCGCAACUGCACAAUAAUUGCUCGCUCAUCAACAACCACUGUUGACCUUUACGCUUCGAUAUAACCGCCAAAAGCGACCAGGUUUAAUACGCCGGCGUGAACAUUCAAGCUUAGCGACGGCGUUCGGCGCAACAAUGCAGCACUUGCUAUGGGAGGGAUGGUACUAUUGCUUCCAGGUCAAUCAAUCGGAAAAUAAAAUUGAAGCCCUUGUAAUUUUUAAAAGAUCCAAUUUGCCCAAGGAGCACCGAACGAAUCACGAACAUUAUAGCGGAGCUAAAAAAAAAUGAGCGGCAGUGGAAAAAGUGAACAAGAACAUGUACUAUAUUUUCUCCAUAAAAAGUGAAAACCAGGAAGUUGUCUGGACGUUUCACGUUGCAGUCAUGCAAAUCAACGGCAAGAAAAUGUACAAGAAAGUGUGCUGCAGUCAGACCUAUUGUUGUUUUUCACAGUUCUGGUCAAGGGCAUCAAACUUUUAAUUUUCACAUUUCACUCACCGGGUUAGGCUAUUUUUUCGUAGAGAGUAAAAUGGAAUCCUAAAAUUUUCGGAUUCAAAAAUGUGAUGAAAGAAGGUAUCUGAAAAAUUAUCUCCUUCAGAAUCACGUUAAAUUGCAUCUAAAAUUUUCGGGAAAAUGAUUCUGAAUUCCUCGUAAUUUCGAAAAGACGAAAAAUUAAUUUUAAACCGGCCAGGAAAGACAAGGAUACGUUCAGUUGAAAAAUCUUAGCUUUGUUUUGUUAUAAAGACUAUUUUUGAAUAAUGCUCAAUGUCCAUGUUUUAUUCCUCACUAAAAUCUACUAUAUUUUCUCGGAAAAAUUGAUUUUCUGGGGAAAAAAAAAUGCUAAAAUGCUUGAAAAAAUGCUAGCAUAAUGUACAAAAGCCUAGCUAUCUCUUGGAGACUGCAAAAAGUUUGAUCACUCAAAUGACAAUUACAAGGGCUAACUGCAAGCUACGUUGUAGCAUUUUGUAAAAUAAUAAUAUAACUACUAGAUGUAUUCCACUGAAGGAUUGUCUGAACUUACUUAGAAAUUAAAUGGAUGGCAAUGAUGUUGAAAAGAGCAUGACGACCAUGUAAACAUUGAAAAAACGAGUAGGUCGAAGAAGAAAAAUAAAAGUUCAAUUUUCCUUGAAAAGAACCCUAAAAAAAUGUUAAAAUUUCCAUGUAAACUUGAGCAAACAUCUGCUACAGUAAAUACAGCUGAACUGUUCUCAUUCUUUAUUGGUUUCAUGAAUUAUGAUAGAAAACACAAUGCACUAGUAUUGUUUUGGUUUUUAAUGUUUCUUUUUUUAAUUAAGUUACAAUUAAGCAUUGUUUGCACAGGAGCCAUACGAUAUAACUAGUUUUUCAUGUUGUUAUGUGCAAAUUAUUUUAGACAAUUUUAGACUCAAGUGCAUGUUGUGCUCUUUUCUUAACCAAGUGGUUUUUUUUUUCCAGCUAUCCUUUUCCUGAACACACUCACUCCUAAGUUUUAUGUUGCUCUCACUGGAACAUCAUCAUUCAUAUCAGGAAUCAUUCUUGUGAGUGUUCAUUUUAAUGAUAAAUCCAUUAAUGUGUCUACCCUUGUACAUUUAUUCAGCUUUAGUUUGUGCAUUGUUAGGCUAGGAGUUUUAUAGUAAAUCCUCUAUUAGUCACCCUGGGGGGCUUAUUUAUUUCAAACACAUUUGAGGAGGGCUUAAUAGAGACAGGGGAAUGCUUAUUUGAAAGGGAGGGGGCUUAUUUAAUUUAGGAAAGAUGGUGGUAUCAGUUCUCGAUAAAGAACUAGAAUACAAAGUGGAUAAGCUCAAGUUCAAGACGUUGGAGGUCAUGCAGCCGAGGGUCAAACAAAUCUGAAAUUCCAACACGUGAAUAAAUCACCGCGGAUGACUCCAAAUGAAGUUUCACAGUCAUGAUUGAUUAAUACAGUCUAUCGUUUAUAAGUGAAGAAUAAUAAGGGGGAGGGGAGGGGUCUUAUUAGCAUUUUUCUCCUUGAAAAGGGGUGCUUAUUAGAGAGGUGGGGGGAGGCUUAUUUGAUAGAGGGGGCUUAAUGGACAGUUAUUCACGUUAAGCGGUUUCAACUUAUAAUAAUUUUCUUGGGAUAAUUUUUUUUUUGGUUAAGACAUUCUUACAUAUUAGUGCAAGAAUUCUAAGAAUAGCCAUAUUUUGCAAAGGCUGUUGAAUAUCCCUGGAAAACUUGUAGUUACUUCUCCCAAUUGACUGUUUUCUUGUUGCACGGAUGUAGAUAUUUGAAUGGUGGUACUUUCGGAAGUAUGGUACGUCAUUUAUUGAACAUGUUUCAUUAUCCCAUCUCGGUCCUUUAUUGGGUAGUUCAGACAAUACAGCUACAAAUCCUCAACAGAAUGUUGCAGGUUUGUAUUGUUUGUUUUAUCUAGAAUUUUUUUUUCUGUUUGCUUUGUGUUUUCAUAUUAUGGAGGGCUGUCACUGAGGACUGCAGUGAUUUUGUUACAAAUAAUUGCAUAUUGUACCCAGCAACUUGAAAUCUUAGUGACAGCAUGCAAGGACAGCAGGAUUGUUUGUGUUAACACAAACAGCCCUGUAAUAAUAAUUUGUUGUUUUUUAUUCUCUAAGUGUGGCAUGAACUUAAUGUCCUAAACCUAAACCAUGCAACCAGGGUGUGAGCUAGGAUUUGAUCACUGGGGGACAAUUUGUCCCCUUGGCUAAAAUUUUGGGGGACAUUUUCAUUUUUAGGGGGACAGAAAUUUGUACACCCUUCCUUCUUAGCAGGGCUUCAGUGAUAGGUCUCGGACAAAAAAGUCAAAUUUCGUGGGAUUUUUAGGGACAAAUUCGCGGAAAAAUCGGCCGAUUUGCGGGGGUUUUCAGGGCAAACUUCACCAAAAAGCAAUCAGUAAAAAACAGCCAAUUUUGUGGUUAUUUUCAAGGCAAAUUUCGCUAGAAAUCGAUCGGUUUUACUCUGAUCAGACCAGCUUUUUUAACGUUUUUCUAACAGAGGUCAUCAUUUGCUCUUUCAACAACAAUAUGCUCCAGAAAUGAACCAAUGGCAAAGCCUUUAACAUGAUGGCUAGUGCCCAGUUUUUCGCAACAUAAUCUGUUUGCACGUUUCAGUGACGAAGUUCCAAGAUAAAUUUGCAAGUUUACGGCAAGUAAAUAGCCCCUAUAGCUGAAAGAAGUUUCAAAUAUGUUGUACAGACAUGUAUUUGAUACGAUUUCUACCAAAUUUCGCGGUAUUUUUCGUGUUUUUGUGAAUUUCGCGGCUCCGCAACCGCACGAAAAAUCAGAAGCCCUGUCUUAGAUUUCCGAAAAAAUAGCAGUAGAGCGUGACUGAAACGUAACUUUGGAAUGAACUUUAAAGGUGCGAUAAAAUAUACUUUCCACGUUCUGUUUCAGCUUGCAACUUCUGUACCGAGAUAAAUCUCUUCGUGUGUGCUUCCUUUCGAGUUUUUUCCCUAAAUUUUGAAGGGGACAAAUUGUCCUCUUGGCUGUUUUUUGAAGGGACAAUUCCAAUAUAUUGCAGUGCGGGAUUGGCGCAAUGGCGCGGCCUGGCUCAAACCCUGUGCAACCCCUGUUUUGCAUCCCCUCAUUGCAUACUCCUUCCAUUACAACCCUCCCACUUACAGGAGUCACAUACUCCACCCUCCUUGAAUUCAAUCACCCUUAACUAUACCUCCCACUCCCUCUUCUUUUGAAUCCUCCCUCAGUGUAUGCCCACAACUUUGUCACAUAUCCAUCCUUGCACACUUCCCAUCUCCAACACACUACUAUCUCAUUCAUUCUCUCCUCUUUUACAGCCCCACUCACCACAAAAUCUUCCUAGUAUUUAAUGUGCCUCAUUUUUUAUCUGUUUUGCUUCAUGCUCAUUAUUCAUGUUAUAGGUCCAAUUAGUUCUAAUUUCAGUAUAACUUUGAUUUAACCUACAUUCAGCGACAAAAUUAGAUGAGACACUUUGCCCAAAAGGGCCUUUCUGAUGUUUUUCUGAAGGGGAAAAUAAAGCUUUCCCUCCCCCAUCCCCCCUGCAAUGUUGUGCUGUUGUUUGAGCUACCUGCAGAAAACAACCAACACCCUAACUUUGAAUGGAAGGGAGGGGGGAGGGGUGUGGAUUGUUUUGUUCUCUGAAGUUACCCUAUUUGAUUACUGACAAUGUCUCAACAAUUUUUUUGCCAGUUGUUGGUUGAUUCUCAAUUUCCUUUGCCUUUUAGCCCUUGAAGACAAUGGAAAUUGAGAAUCAACCUACAAUUUUUGUACUUAAGUCUCAUUGUUAAAGCAAGUAUCACUUCCUCCCCAAUGUUGAUUCCCUUAUUAUCAUUUAUUUUGCAAAUACAUGUAAAUGCGAUUUUCAACACCGAGGAAGGAGAGAAAUAUAUGUACCAAUAGGGAAGUGUAAGUUGGUUGAGAAGGCAUGACAUCAAAAAUUUGCAAUAUCAGUCAGGUGUUUCAAAUAUGAAAUUUGACAAAUACAUUAAAAACUUUUAACCUGAAAUUAAAUUUGGCCUAUAACAAUGCACACAAACAAGAGAAAAAUGAUCAAUUAUCAAUGCAUCCCGUCCUUCGUACCUUCACUGUCCCCUUAUAAAGCACAUGGACUUGCUGACUAAUAGCUUUAACAAAAUUCAUUUCCUUGACAGAAUGUAAAGUUUGGAGAAAUCCUGGCAAUCUUUUCCGAGGUGCAGAAUACAAUAGGUAAUGUCUAUUAAUUUUACUGCAAUGAAUUUCUGCGUCAUUGGUGUAAUAAUUCCUAUGAAGACUUUCCAGGUUGAUAUAGGUAUGAAUAUUUUGGGUUUCAACAAAACACACUGACCCCCUACUCCCCCCCUCCCUCCCCCUCCCAUUACUGACCCUCUCUAAAAUCACAGGUAAUGAAGUAUUGACUUGAUCUCCUUUAAAGAGACAAGAAUCUAUCAAGACUUUAGUUUUCAUUAAUGCAAGUCAUUAGUUCCUUUCCAGUAAAUUAGAUAGGGGGUCGGUAAGGGGGGUCGGUAGGGGGUCAAGGUACGCUAACGGAGGGCAGUCUUUUUUUCGAAACCUGAAUAUUUUCUCCAUAUUAGAAGUACCCAUGAAAUUCUGUUUUUGACAGGUAUUACUGGGUGACAGGAAAAGAACCAUUAACUUAUUACGACAUGAAUCUUUCAGCACAAGAUCAUCAGGUAAUUAUGACUUCUGUUCUCCAAGAAGCACCAGAAAACAGAAUAUUGAUAUUUUCAUCAGGGGGUUUCAAAAACGUUUUCCAUAAGCAGGUGCCUAUGGUUAGAUGGCUGUGACCAGGAAAGGAGCCACAAGGUUCAUUUUCCUUGAAAACUUACGCUGUGUAGGCAGCGGUAGACUGCUGGUAACCGCAAAAAUGGCACGCAAACAGCAAGCUACACUUUGCGAAGAACUGCAAGCAAGCAACUGCGUAUAUAAGUCACGAGGUGCCCCUGCUAAAGGGAACGGGCCACCCCUAGUAUAGCUGGGGAAACUGCUGAUCAGCAUUCUUCGAGGUUAACUUUGCCUAAAUUACAUUUAGCCACAUGUAACCAGCUGUUAUUGAGACCUCUGUGGUCAUCAUGAACAAUUUCUGAUUGUAGUAAGCAUCGUCUAAAAUUUCCAUCGAGCAACAUUGAUCACAUACCUUAUUAUAGGAAAUUAAUGCUCCAUGAAAUUAAUGCAAAUCAUUAAAACACGUUAAUUUAAGUCGCGUUAAUUUUGUUGAGCGUUAAUUUCCACGACGUUAAUUAAGUGCAGCGUUAAUUUUCUGCGCUCUUAAUUUCCAGUAUUUUAACUCCAAUUUUGGAACCUGUCCAGACAUUCUUGACACCUAAAAAACAUUAACUACAAGCUUUCUUUCUUUCCAUUUACCCUUUAUUUUUCAUCUUUUACAAAAGCUAAGGUGAAGGUUUACAAUACUUCGAGUCCAUCUUCAUCGUUGUCGCUGUCAGAAGUGAUGUCAAUAUCUUCUCCUUUGAUUUUGGCCAAGAUAAUCACGUUAAUUUCCUUUUUAUGAAAUUCUACCUCCUUUUUCGCGUUAAUUUUCUUUAUUCGAAAGUCGUUUUCCAUUAAAUUCGUGUUAAUUUAAGUCGCGUUAAUUUCCAAUACCUUAAUUUCAUGGAACGUUAAUUUCCUAUUAUAAGGUAUAUGUACAAGAGUUCUAUAGAAAGAUGUGAGGUGAAACUAAUAAAGCUUUUCAAGUAGACUUGCUUUCUCUCAAGGUUUUAUUUUUAAACUAUUUUUGUUUUUCUUUACUUCAGACUUUCUUUACAUGUGAUGCUGAUGCUGAGAGUGCCGAUCCUUCAGAUGAAUGUGAGUGUUAAGUUCCUCAGUCUGCUAUAAAUAAGUGUACAAGUUAAUCAAGGCCACGUGGGCACGUAUCCUUAUAUUUUUGAAAACAGAGAUUUUUUCUCCAUUUUCAGAAACCAUGCAUCCACACAUAGCAUAUUCGAAUUGUUUCCACCUGUCCACACAAGAACACUAAAACAAUGGAAAUACACUAACAUCCCUUAUGGAGCAUGCAUAAUUCUUGUAGUAUAUAGCAUAUGAAAUCAAUGUAUUUGAAAAACUUAAUUUUUCAUCUGUCAUCUCAGUUUAGGAAGAGAGCUUGGUAAAUCCAUCCACUGAGACCCAGGGGCAGUCAUCAGUUGGGUCGAGAGAAAAAGCGCAGCAAAAGUUUUCAAUUACAGGUGGAAGAGCCCCCUGGGUAUCAACUGACUCACCAGACCAUUUCCAAAUGGUCAACUUAAUGCUGGCUCCUGAUUGGGAACAAAAAAUGCUUUAAUGAAAAUGCUUUUAUUGUGCCCAAUCAGCGAACAGCAUCUCCUGAGUUCUUUUCAUGUGUUCGUUCGUACAUGAUAGCUAUUGUCUCCCAAUACUCAUCCGGUUCAUUCACCAAGUGCGUAUGUACAAGGGAAACUUUCAUUUUCUAUUUUCCUAACUAGAAAAGAGGGAAAUACCUAUGACGCAAGAAAACAUUUCAGAUGAUAUCAGUAGGAACAUUCCAAUUUGCACCGAGCAAAUUCAGUCUGUGACCGAUCACUAGGUAUCAUAAAUAACAUUUAUGACGGUGUAAUGGAUGUAAGCAUAAAUACGAGUUGUUUGCUCAAGCUUGUAUUUUUGGAAAAGUGUCUUUAAAAUACCCUUACACUUGUUUCCAUGUUUUAGUUGUCAGGUAGACAGUGUUUUGAAAUGAACGGGGUUUAUAUCAAAGUGAAAGUUUCCUGACUGUGAGCAUUUCUUUGGUGAACAAAUCGGACAAGUAUGGUGAGACAAUAGCCAUCAUGUACGAACACAUGAAAAGAACUCAGGACAUGCUGUUUGCUGAUUGGAAACAAUAAUACAAAUUAAAGCAUUUUUUGUGCCCAGUCAGGAGCCAGUAUUCGGUGGACCGUUUGGAAAUGGUCUGGUAAGAGUCGGUACCCAGGGGCCCUUCCACCCGUGCUUGAAAACUUUCAUUGCGCCUUUUCCUCUGUCCCGACUGACUGCCCAUGGGUCUCUGAGGAUGGGUAAAUCAAGCCAACGCUGAAUCUGGAGCUCAAAGAAGGUAUUGUGAGGUAGUUUUAACUGAACCUUUGUUGAUUGAUUUUAGUAAUGCUUAGAGCGUGGAGAGAAAGAGAUCAAGAAAAGAGAAUAAAAACAGCCCAUCAAGCCAUAGAAAUUAAUCCAAGGUAUGUGAAUCAUGCUUGGUACUAAUGGACUUGCAAAUCAUCUUUUUUUAGUUUUCAUAAUUUGAUAUAUAGUAGGUAUGUGUAUUUAGAUUGUUGUACAACUAUGAAAUACUAGUGUCAUGUAUAUGUUUGCAACACUUAUUGUUCGGCUCACUUUAAUUUCACGAUUUUCUUUUUGUAUUGUGAAAUUCGCAAAAUUUACAUGUCACGAAAAUUUGCUGCAAUAAGGGAUAUAUCGUCGAACAAAAACUGUAAAGAAGUUCUCACCUUUUUUACAAGGAAAUAAGUUUUUUAAUUCACUUGACAACAAGGUCGUCAACUCUCAAUCCCUUUGCUCCUUUAAGAAAAUACUGAAGAUUAAAUUAUUCAGUAAAUAUGAAAGCCACCCUUAAAUCUUUCCAUCUUCGACUGUGCGCCUUCUUUUGUUUUCUUCAAUUGAUGUAAACACCUCCUAUCUAUUAAACAGCUCCUCUUGGAGCCCUAAAUUAAAAUAAAUUACCUGGGCGUGUAUUAGAUUAUUUACAGUAUGGGUGUCAGUAUGCAGGAUAGUUAGUUAAUAAGAAUAAUGCUAAAUAAUCUUUAUAGAGGAAGCUCCUGUCACAUUGAGUGGUUUUCAGGGAGGUUCUCACUAAGAUUAAAUAAAUUAUAUAUGAAUUACUUACUUAAUUACUUUACUGAAGUUAAUUACUAAUUUUUUUUUCUUUUAAUCAGCUGUCCAACAGCACUUAUUUUACUCGCUGAAGAGGAAGCUCAAACUAUUUUAGAGGUGGGAAAUUCAUUUUUUAAGACAUGAGGAAACAUAACUUCUGAAACUGAAAUACCAUAAGUCCUCUAUUAUCCCCCCCACCUUGUAAUAAGCCUUUUCACUCCCUUUACAGGGGAAUAAAGCCCCACUCAAACAUGCUUGAACUAAAUAAUCACCCUUAACAGAGGAUUUACAGUAGCUUAGUACUCAAUGUGCAGAUGACAUUACAAAUUUGAGCCAUUUUAAGGCUUUUAACUUUAUUUCAGAUCACAACUGAACUUAAUUUCUCUCUUAGGCUGAAAAGUUAUUUAAACAAGCGCUGAAGGCAAGUGAAGCAUUGCUGCGGAACAGUACUUCAGCUAGCUCAGACACUAAAGAAGAAGCUGUACAUAGUGAGUGGAAAAAAAAUUGUUGCUCAUCCAUCCUUAGCUCUGUAAGUAGUUGAGACUUGCCACAAGUCGACCUCCCAAGAUUCUAAGUGGGUGGAGUGAGCUCUUUCGGCCAGGAAGCAGCCAAGCAAGUGGCAAAGUCAGUGGACUUUUUUGAAAGUCUAUACAGGGUGCAAAGAAAGUCAGCUUUACAGCUUGCCAUUCAGGCAAGCUGUAACCAUCAUGUACAAGCUCGAAAGUCAUUUCAACUAGCCUGAGAUAAAAUUGAUGAGCAGGAUUGAUUGCAGUUCUUCUGUAAUUGGACUUUUUUUGAAAAUCUAUUAGAUAGCAAAAUCGACUAGUCCCUUAUAAGUACUUAGGCCGGAAUUUUUAGAACCCUUGGGCAAUGUUAAAGCAGUUGUCUGCAGUUAGAGCUUCUUUCUCGUGUUGUUAAAAUUCCUGCAUGCUUAUGUGAACAGACAAACUACAAGACAAGGUUUUUAGGUCUUUAAUGGUGGAGUAUUUGUUGAACGAAAAGAAUAAAUCAAUGCCUGGUCAAUGUCCUCUUGCAGUAGAAGAUUUUUCUUCCUUUCUAACAAGUCUGCUACUUGUUUCUAGAACAGUCGUAAAUAAAUAUUGUUCUAGUCUAAACGAGCAAUUAUUUACCAUGUUGCUUUCCCAGGCCUCGUUAGAAGUUUUUCCGUGAUACAAAUUUCUUUACUUAUUUAUUUCAAUCCUCAGGACGAGACACAAAUGUCUGUGUUUACAUCAGACGAAGGCUUGCUAUGUGUGCUCGGAAACUUGGAAGAGUCAAGGAAGCCAUUAAAAUGAUGAGAGAUGUAUGUGUUUCCUUUUUUCUUUUUAACAUUCAGUUAUACUACUCAUUAGGUGCGGAUCUAGGAUAAAUUCUGACCGAUUUCCUAAAUGAGGGCCGAAGGUGCAGGCACUAUCUAGCAGGGUCCGAGGGGCAGGCUCCCCCAGGAAAUGUUUUGGAUUUUAACUCCUUAACUUCCCCUUUCCUGGGUUUCCAAGUCCAUCAGGCAGGAUAUUGGCCAGGUUUCAACUUGGAAAGUGUUUUUUUUGUAUUAAAAGUAUAUUUAUAAUGAAAAGUCUGACCGAUUUCCGUAAAAUGCUUGAAACCGAUGUGGAUCCGCCCCUGCUCGUAAGGAUGCUGUUUGAAUCUGUCCAACCAAACAGUGCUCAAAAUCAAACUGUUUGCAUUAUAUAAAAUUUUCAAAAAGAAAAAUUAAAGUGAUGUCUCUCCCAUUCAAAAUUUGUAGCCUGCGAAAACAGCCGAAAUUUUCGCGACACCACCACUUAUUCCCCCACGAAAUCAGUAUGGACUUUCUGCGCUCAUUUCUUAGAUGUCAUUUUGAGGGAAAAAGGCCAGUGGUGGCAUCAUAAGAUGUUGAGUGAUUUCUCAGGCUACAAAAUUUGUUGUGCAAUUUACCGGUGUAUAAUGCAGCCACACAAAGUUGUUUUUCUUAAUUUUUCUUUUUUUUUUUCUGUCAGCUAAUGAAGGAAUUUCCUCUUAUGAGUGUUUUAAAUAUCCAUGAAAAUUUGUUGGAGGCUCUGCUUGAAAUACAAGCUUACUCCGAAGUGCAGGUAUUGAUCCUCUCCAGAUUACCUUCAGGGUAUUUGUCAAAAUUGAUUCAUGCUGUCCUUAAUCUUCUUUGCAACGUUUUCAUUCAGACAUGUCCUCGUUGUUGUGUGAAUGUUUGCGCUGAGAGAGCUUGCUUUGGGAGGCUUUGGGAAACUUGUGAGAGCACGAAAACAUGGGUAUAAACCAAUGUAUCUGAACAAUCACUUAUUUUUAAGGGUAAGACAAUGGGAUGGGUAGAGGUAUGGAGGUUGCAAGAAGGAGCUGCAAAAAAUAGCAUCCCAAUAAACUGCAGCCUUCUUCUUACAUCGUCCACACUCAGGGAUACUUCAUCACUUUUCUACUACUGCACAUCCUGAAAAGUCUCAAGGAAGAACUUGCCCUGUCCCCCCUCUCACCCUCCCCCACCCUUUUAAAGUUGAGCAUUUUCUGUAAAAAGAAAAAGUGGCCAACCUCACUGGCUUAUGUUUAACCUUUGCCUAAAAGAAUUUCAAACCAUUUGACAGCAGUUACAACAAACAAACCUGAUUUAACAGAGGUACAGCAUACUGUUCUUACUAACUUUUUCCCCUGUACUUUCUUUUAUCUACAGCAAGUUCUAGCUAAAUAUGAUGGUAAGAGUUAAAACAUUUUCAUAUUAAUUUGUUCUUUCUUGGGUGGAAAUUUAUAAAGGACAAAAAAAUCGAUAUUUUUUUUUUUACUUUGCAGAUAUAAGUCUUCCUAAGUCAGCUACAAUAUGUUAUUCAGCUGCACUCCUUAAAGCCAGAGCAGUUUGUGACAAGUAAUGAAAAUAACUUUUGUACUUGGGCCGCUAGUUGAAGAGUUUUUUUCUCAGCCGUUAAAAUUAUAAGAACUGACUAAAUUUAACAGUGUUCACCCACUGAUCAUCCCAGAAAAUACUGAUUGUUGAAUGGCUAGAAUGAUUUCAUAAAGAAGAUGUAAGCCACCCUGAAAGAUGAUGACAAAACAAUCACUUUUCUCCCUCGUAAACAUUAUGUACAGUUUGUAUACCGGUAACACACAACAUGUGCAGUGGAUGUGUGGUUCUUUCCCUUCAAGUGAAGCCAACAAGUCCUGAUCUACGCCUCAGUCAGUUUUUCCUCAUUUAUACUCAGACUCUUCAUUCCAUAGACUACGACUAGUCCUUCAUUUUCCUCGGAGAUGGUUGAGCGAGUGAGGCGUGAAAAUCUCUGCUUGGAGGAGAAACGAAAAAUAAAUACAUUUUUUCUCUUCCCUCCACAUGUCACCUUCCUCAUGGGUGCCGGUCUUUACGCGCGCUUGCAAAUUUUGCUUGCUGCACUACAUGGUACUGUAUGUUUUCAUCCACCAAAGUGACACUUUUGUCUUUUCUAAGAAUUUUCUUUUUGUCUUUAUACAGAUUCUCUCCUGAAAUAGCAGCAAAGAGGGGAUUAAGUCCAGCUGAAAUGGCAGCAGUGGAGGCCAUACAUAGAGCAGUGGAAUUUAACCCUCAUGUUCCUAAAGUAAGUAACUGAUUCUUCUCUUAUCUACACUGACUGUCUCUUAUACAGUGGAACCCCGUUAUUACGGUCACCAAGGGGCUAAAAAAAAUUGGCCGUAUUAACGAAGGUUUCUUUACAAGAAAAUGUAUGGACGGUUUUGCUGGGCGGUCAAAAAAAAGUGACCGUAUUAAGGAGGUGGCCGUAAGACGGGGUUCCACUUUAUCUGAAAACUAAUUAUUUUAUUACUAUCUAUUUUCACUAAUGCUUUAGAUCAAGCUGUCAGGAUGCCCCGCUACUAUGCAUGUGAAUAAAAUUAACCAUAAGAAAAUAGUAUUUACCAAGACUCACUCUAGCCCCUUUUUGUCGUAAUAAAUGCUAUUUUUUUACAGUAUCUUCUGGAGCAGAAAAGUCUAAUACUACCUCCAGAGCAUAUUUUAAAACGAGGAGACAGCGAGGCGAUAGCUUACGCGUUCUUUCAUUUACCUCACUGGAAAAGAGUAGACGGAGCUCUUAAUCUGCUUCACUGCACGUGGGAAGGAAGUAUGUAUGGACAGACCUCUUUUGUGUGUUCCUUUUUUCGUCAUCAUCAUCAUCAUCACAAUAUUCAUCAUCACUUUUAUUAUUGUAAAUGUUAGUAUCAGUAGCAUUUUUACAAAGAAACAUCCACUAAGAUUCUUGAUUUAUUUCUUGCUUGUACAUAAUUUUCAAGGAAAUUCCAAUCGCCAUUUGCACAUCUCCAAUCAUGAUUACUCCUUGUUUGCCCCCAAAAUUUUGCAUAGCGUUUGUUUUUAAAUUCUCCUGGGUAUUACAGUCCUCCCCAGAGAAACUGAAGACAACACUUAUUUUAAAAUCGUUUUCCUGGGACAUUACAGUCAGUUUUGCAGCCCCAGAGAAAGCUAGCAUGUGUUAGCCCACAAACAAAACCCCCUUUUUGGAUUAGCAGGAUUGAUAUACAAUCCUUCUGUAAGAAUUUUUGCCCAUCGGGUAAGUUAAGAACAAAAAAGUAGAUAGCGUUUUGUGGGACUUUCUUUGUACACUGUGGGAGAUGUGUAAAUGGCAAAUACUUAUGUUUCCUAUUUAAAUAACUUUGUCUAGCAAUUUGAUUGAAAAAUUUACAUUCGUCUAAAUUUUAUUUGUUCAUGAAUUUUUUCAGAAGCUUUCUAUGUAGGUUUCAAUAGAAAUGAAUAAGGCUGAUUUUAAAUUUUAAAAAAUGAAUAAAUAAAUAAAUCAUUAUUACUCUUAUUAUUAUCAUUUGAGUAAGAAUGCAUGUUUGCUGCAACAAAUUUCCCUUUGAUAAACAGUUGAUGCCAUUUUAAUUUGGAACGAAAUUUUAAAAAACGAAGUGGAUUUUAAAUCUUCCCUUGAACCCGAAGUCGAACAUGGAGGUGGGGGACCCCAGGUAGGUGAGGUAACCCUUUUAAACCCGCCUGACCAUAUAAUCUCUCAUUUUAACUUGAUCACGUUAUCCCGCCACUUGAUUACCUGGGGUGAACCUCCCUGUAAACAGGCCCUAAAAUACCGUCCAACUUCAACACAAUAGAGUUCACCAUGAUGAAAAUCUUGCGUAGGAUGUGGUAUGUACUACAUGUUAAACUGUUUUAUUUCUUCAACAGCAUUUCGUCUUGUCCCGUACCCCCUGGAAAAGGGUCAUUUGUUUCAUCCCUACCCAGCAUGCACUGAAAACGCUGACCGGGAACUUUUGCCAAGUAAGUUCUGUAUUGAAUGCGCAAUGUUGUCUAUUGCUGUCCCUGUUGAACUAAAUCUUGGCCGUUCUGAGAUAUUAUAAUGAAGUUUGAAGAGUUGUAAUUAACACGCGAUAGAAUAUUUUGGAGAAGUUAACAAGGUUGUCAAUGAGCAAUAGCCUUAGCAAUGUCCUUGCUUAACUUAACGCGUUUCAAGUAGCCUUCUAUGUUGACAUUCUUUGACCCCUCACACCUCAAAUUUCUUUGCAAGGACCGUUGACCUUAGAUAGGAAGGACCUAAACCAGGGUGGGCUGACCAGCGGUUUUUCCUAAACAAAUGGUUUUGUUUGGGGUGCUCCUUCUCGCGGGCUCAUAAAGCUGGUCCAGGCCUUUAAUAGUCUCCGUUGGAGGAUGGUGGUACUUAGUUUUUACAUGGGUUUGGGAAAUCAAAUGGUACAAGCCAUUCUGUUUUGGGGGAGCUUCAGAUAUGGGCUGUCGUUUGAGGUGAGGCAACUUUUCUCGUUUUGGUCUGCUCAGCUGAUUUGGAUAAAGUUUCUUUCGGGUCCUCUCCUGCCAUCUCAGAUUUUAUUGUUGAAUGUUUUUCACAAGAUUUUCAACCGGAUUGUUUGUGUAAAGCACCCCAGGUUUGGAGGUGCUGUAAAAGAUCUAAGUGUAUGUGUGGAUAAAAAUUCUCUUGAAAAUUACUUCUUUUGCUUUUGUCCUUUUCAGGUCACCAUGAACUCUCCAUUUACCCCAAAAAAGAACUUCCUUUCUUCAUUCUGUUUACCGCUGCCCUGUGCUCUUUCACUGCUAUGCUGGCUCUUCUUACACACCAGUUCCCAGAACCAAUGGCCAACGCGGCCAAAACAGUAAGUAGUGUACAGCUGUUUUGAGAAAGGUUGUCGGAAAAAGUGCACGCGACAAUCCCGAAAGGUAUUGUGGGUGGUUUUGUCUGCCCUGUUCUCGAAAGAAAUUUGAAAGAAUGGCACGCGAGGCCACGGAGAUAUGUUCGCGAUUGCUAAUGGAAAGCAACGAAAGUAGGUUCGACAGCUACAGUCGUUAGGAACAAUGUUAGGAACAGUGUAUGGAUCAUAUCCCAUAUUACCCUUCGCGGUUGUGGCGUGCACAUAUUUUCCGACAACCUUUCCCGAAAUAGCUGUAUACAAAACGUAGAGUGCAACGAGCCUGUCGACGCCACACUACAAUAUGCAGAUUUAGUAAGGACAAUGCAACGUCAAAUGUGAACGCAAAAGCUCUCGAAAAGGACUCAACGCUACUUCCGGUCCUCGAUUUCCCGAUCUGCCAUUGGUCAACUCGCCUUUUAGAUCUGCGCGCGCCGUCGUUGUUAGGAAGUUUAAGCAAAGACGUUUUUGAGCGGCGCAGGUCAACCGGGAGUGGCCAGUUUUCAUUCUUGAGCAGUGAUUUUGUCCAUAUAUUGGGCGAAUCAUCUCUAUAAGAGUAAAGAAACUAAGCAAUACAAAUUUGGUAGCGUCAAAACAUACUGAAAGAGAAAAAGGCUCACUUCCGGUUGACGUGCGUCGCUCAAAAACGUCUUUGCUCCCUACUGUCGUCGCGUUCUCUUUGCUAAAUCUGCCUAGAGUGCUAAGGUUGCUCCGCCCUUUGGUAUGUCGCAUUUUUCUUGUGCAAGUUUACCCUGUGUUUGCUACAUUUGCCUUUAAAAACAGUGUCAUAGUGUUCAUCCUGUCACAGGUCUCGGAUCAAAAUAAAAAGCAAGUGAAGUGAAGAGUUGUAGCUUGUUUCGCUUUUAAAUUGUGCGCGAAAAUCUGUCUUCUGGUAUUAAUUCGAUGACAUAAGCGGAGGUAGACUUGUAGCACUUGUAAAGAUUCGUCGUCCGGCUUGCAACGCAAAGUAGCCAAGAGAGUUAUGACACUGUUAGAAGAGUGCAUCAUAUUUGACAAUUUCACGCUCACAUUUGUCCUCCCUUUUUCUCAUAUUCAAAGAUGUGGAUUUCCAUGAUUUGGGACUGUCAGCAGUUACCUAUUUUUCCGUGAGAUGCUCUCUACCGAGCGCGCUUUUCAAAGAGCGGUCAUCUUGGUUUCUAAUGUACUAAGGGCAUGGGCACCGCGGGGGAGGAAGGCGCGAAAAAAUAACCCUAACCCCAUUUUAAACCUGCUAUAUGCCAUAUGUCAAUUUUUACUCCUAAAGAUUUUGAUCGCCUUAUGAAAUUAAGAUACUCUUCUAUUUUCAGCUGUAAUCGUACAGGAAAAUAGGGGACUGUAAACAUCCAAAAAGGUUACGUUUUAUCAUACUCGAGCUCAAAAUUAACAACAGAAAAAGGGGCUUAAUACACUGUGACCAAACUUCCAAGUACACAUUUUCUUUGAACUUAAUUUUUUUUGUUUGUAAUUUGUAUUCCUCAGUGUUUGAGCUGGAUUUCAACACCGUUAAAUCUCAUUAUACAGAAGUUUGAAGAUUUCUUUCCUGCUCACAUAUGGCAUCAGCUGACACGCAUCUGAUUGGCUGUUGCUCUGACCACGUGCUUUCAUCCCUACUCUGAUUGGUUCACGUUAUCACCUUAUUUAGAAAUAGCCCAUGAGAUCACUACUGUUGUCGUUGCAGCAUUGGGUGUGUUUAUGAAACGUAAUUAGAAGGCGUGAGUCGCAAUGUGCUUCUUAGACACUGUCUCUUACUAUUAAAAUCGUUGAUAUUGAGAUGCGCAAGGCGAACUAGGAAAGUUAAAAAGAGCACAUUAUUUCUGUCAUAUUGCAGUGUUUCAAAGAUAUUCUUUGAGUUAAAAUAUUUCUUCCGACGUAACUAAAUUAAAUGCUCUAUUGUUUGAGGCUAUCAGAGUAUAUUUAUUUAGUCGAGAAC